AUGCAGUUUGAUAAUCUAUAUGAUGGAGUGAUGUUUAGCCAGAUGAAUGCAAGAAAAGCCAAAAUUCGCAAGGGCACCAUAACAGAUCUAACUGGACUGGGCGGGGGUGGAAGUUCCUUGGAAGUCUCAUGUGCUGAUCUCGACGGAGAUGGCGAGGGGACUGUUGCGUCUGCAACAGAUGGACCUCAAUUCAAUCCUAAUACACCUAAAUAUCCUUCAUUCAUCCCAAGAAUAAGCCUUUCAAAGUCGUCAAAGGCGCGCCGCUCCAUGAGUAUGAGUGGAAGCGCAAUAUUAGGACGAGAAGCAAACGAUUCUCAACGACAACGUUACCAAUCAUUUGGAAGCGUUCGGUUUCUACCCACCACUGACGCGCUGAUUAAACGGUCACCUCUGUUAUCACAAAAGGAAAGAAAUACUGAUAGUGAAACGGAAGAGACGGGGGUAAGAAAGAAGACACCGUCAAUUGCUCCAAAUGAAGAGGAUGAAGCGUCAAGGAAGGAAACUGGAAAGCCGCAUGAAGUUCAAGUAUGCGUGGAGGAGGGAAAUGAUAAUUACGCGUCAUCGGAAAUGGAAAUUUCUCACAUUGGGAAAUCUCAGAAAUGCACUGUGACACUAGAUACAAUUUCCUAUGGAACUGUGAAGCCUUCUGAAGUUCUAAGGCCAAGCGCUUCAUCCGAUCUCGUGCCUUACUAUCCUUUGUAA